CAUGCGGUGAUCCGGACCGGAGAUCCGGACUGGGCCAAAAAGUGCAGUUCUUACCUGAACAUCGACAUUGGCGGCAACUACAACUGUAUGCUGGCAUUCUCGGCGCUUCACCACGUUAAGCCUACUGCACUCAGCUCCGAAUUCCUGACUCCAGGGCAUUGGAUUUAUUUUAUCACUCAGCCCAUCGCAUGCCAUCGCCACCACAGCACCAGCAGCUCCGCAUCUCGUUCCCCGUGGAGAACUGGCCUGGCUGGGACAUCAAAGAAUUAUCUUUGACGCGCUUUGAGGCGGACUUUGUGCCCACCUUGGAUUUGGAUCGAUGCGAUUGUUCAUGGAAAAAGACAGCCGCGGCUAAGAAGGGUAGUCACGGUGUCUCGAACUUGGCAGCUUCACGGGAAAAAUGUCUUGCCAUGACGAGGGACGUCCUCAACGUGAAGGUGGAUGCAGCCACCCACGAUGAUUACUGUUCUGACUCGCCGAUCUUUCAUGGUGUUGCGGUCUCGAAAUCGUCACCGACCCAGCUGGCCUUAAAAUUUGCCCUGCGGGAAGACCUCAUACCGGCGUUGCUGCACGAGGCUCAUAUGUACAGUGCUCAUCUACAGCGCGUACAGGGCCGUGCUGUUCCGUACUCCUGGGGCUUCUUCAUGGGUUUUUUAUGUGAUUCAAGCCAUGGUGCAGCACUCCAUGAGGACGGAGAACCAAUCGCAUGUCUCGUAUUAGAGUAUUGGGGCGAUGCACUUCCAAUCCGCUUUGAUCACUUGGAAAAGGGUAUAAGGGUACACAUUUUAAACAAGCUCGGAGAGAUCCACCGAUGUGGAGUACAUCACGGAGAUUUUGCCGAAAGGAAUGUACUCUACUCGGACAACAACGGGGUAGACUUCCGAAUCAUAGACUUUGAUCAGACGGAACCACAUAUGUGUGGACAAGGAGGCAAGGAGUGUGAUGUGCUACGGCAGGUGGGACGAGACAUGGGUCUAUAGAAUGCGAAGAUAGAUGAUUUUUUAAAUCUUGGAAGUGUAUUAUGUUUUUUCUAGCAAUUCCCGCCUAUUUAUCUAAAAAAAAUUAUGCUAACUGUUGGUAGAAUUAUUAUUUUUGGACCAUUACGCGACUAAAGCGACUUUAAUUUGAUGAUGCCCCUCACAUCACCUCAUCCCGCUGAAGAUUAUACGCUAGGAAAUGAGGAUCUGAUGCGAUCCAAUUUUGUGGAACAACUUGCAUCGGCGCUUCACUUCAGCUCGACUACAGUGCUCGUACAGUCACUAUCAAUGACGGGCUUGUCAUCGAGCCCUAAAGAGGAGGUAGACAUGAGAGACUUCCUUCUUCGCUUUGGUUGCACCUUGUUUGGUACGUCUACAUCUACAAAGGCAGUG